ACAAGAAGGAAUCAUGGCAAGAACCAAGCAGACCGCCCGUAAGUCCACCGGAGGCAAAGCCCCCAGGAAGCAGCUGGCCACCAAGGCUGCCCGCAAGAGCGCGCCGGCCACCGGCGGUGUGAAGAAGCCCCAUCGUUAUAGGCCCGGUACCGUGGCCCUGAGAGAGAUCAGGCGCUACCAGAAGUCCACCGAGCUGCUGAUCCGCAAGCUGCCCUUCCAGCGCCUGGUCCGUGAGAUCGCUCAGGACUUCAAGACCGACCUGCGCUUCCAGAGCUCCGCCGUCAUGGCUCUGCAGGAGGCCAGCGAGGCCUACCUGGUCGGCCUAUUCGAGGACACCAACCUGUGCGCCAUCCACGCCAAGAGGGUGACCAUCAUGCCCAAAGACAUCCAGCUGGCUCGCCGCAUCCGAGGAGAGAGAGCUUAGAUUGUCUGCAGCUCCACAAAAACCACAAAGGCUCUUUUAAGAGCCACCUCAUUCCCACCAGAGAGCUGCUGUCCUACUCUGUGUCAUACCGACUUUAUACAACAUGUUACAAUCAAAGCAUCACCUCAGGGGUACAGCUACAUGAAAGAGCUAAAAAACAAAAAAAGCCAGAUAUGAGAGUUUUAUUUUCACCUUUCAUACAGUGAUAAAUCUUCUUUCAAAAUGAAGUAGCCCUCUUUGAAUCAGCAUGAUGAGAAAUGUCUGGAUAACUAAGAUGAAUCUCCUUUUGAACAGAGUAAAACUGAUGAAGU